AUGUUAAUUGAAGAAUCUUAUCACGAUGUAAAGACCGCAGAUGGUACUACCAUGCGUAUCUUUACUUAUCACCCAAAAAUCCCAAACUUUCCAAAAGCUAGAUUUCCAGGGGUAAUUGUCUAUAGUGAAAUUUAUCAAGUUACUGGACCAGUUUCUAGAUUUGCCAAGGAUAUUGCUGGUCAAGGUUUCAUUGUUGCGGCACCAAGUUCUUAUCAUAAUUUUGUUCUGCACGAACCAUUGGCUUAUGAUGCUGAAGGUACUGAUUUGGGUAACAAAUACAAGAUUGAAAAGGAAUUGUCUUCAUAUGAUGAAGAUACUAACUUAACAAUCGAUUAUUUGACUAGCUUACCAACUUGUAAUGGUAAAAUUGGUGCAACUGGUAUGUGCCUUGGUGGUCAUUUAGCCUUUAGAGCUGCUCUUGAUCCAAGGGUAUUGGCGCUGACAUGUUGGUUUGCUACCGACAUUGCUCAACACUCUUUGGGUAAAGGCAUGAAUGAUGAUUCAUUAAAAAGAUGUGGUGAGAUCAAAGGUGAGCUUCUUUAUAUUGCAGGUACCAAGGAUACACACGUUCCAUUUGAAAUGAGAUCUUUGAUUAGAGAAGAAUUACAUAAGAAUGAAGUUGCAGUUCAUUUUGCCGAAAUUGAUUCUGCUCAACAUGCUUUUAUUAGAGAUGAAUCCUCCAAGGGUCGUUAUGAUCCUGCGGUUACCAAGUAUUUGUUUGAUUGGAUGUUGGAAAUUUUCAACCGUAGAUUAAAAUUGGAUUAUGGUGAUCACGAUGGAAAGGACAACAAAGUUGAACAUGUUUGUUAA